AAGUGAAGUGGUUUGAGCGGUCACUAGCGUGCGCCCAGUAUGUGUGCGACCGAACGGUGCUCCGAGCAGUCCGAAACCGAUCCGCGCCCGCGACAGAUCCGCGACAAUCAAAGCUAAGCUCUCGAGGUCCUGCGCCACCGCAAUCAACUCGCGCAAAUGGCACGCCACCGUCGGUACGAUGAUACGAGGGUGUGCCACAUCGAGAUCAGUGAGCCGGGGGCGGCUACCAGCGCCACCCAGGACAACAGCUACGGAAAUGGGGGGCUGUCCGACGAGGACAAAAUCGAGGUGCUGCGCGACGGUGACGACGGUGCGACGAUCCUGCCCGACGGUGACGCGUGUGCGAUGGACGAGGACCGCUUCCAGUCACGGGCACCACCCAACGGCACCCACCGGGUGGAGGGUGGCAAUGAAAGCUUUUCGCAGAGCUUCCGGCGGUGGUCGAGCAACUUUGGGCGCAGCGUGAAAAACAACAAGCGCACGGUGUACAACAAAACGAUCCGCCUGAUGCCGUCGCGCAUCCAGAAGACUCUCUCGAUCGAUGGCGAUCUCAUCACGACGGCCGGGUCGGACGUGGACCACAUCACGAUGGAGCUCGAGCAACGCGAGCAGCUGAUGGACGACAACCCGAUCGCCGAGCAGCUGCGCAUCGAGGCGAUCAAAUCGAUCGCGCAGCGAAUCGCCACCAAGCGCCUCAUAAGGGCGCAGCUCUCGCAGACGGUUAACCGGCGGGCGACCCGCGCCAAGUCGAUCGGUUUGCUGCGCUGCUACCGCUACCGGGGCAAGGUGAUCGCGGCCCGGGCCACCAAGCUGCUGCACAGCUUCGUCACCAACUUCGAGCUGUUCUACGGCAGCAUGAAGCAGAUCGAGGGCCACUUCGGUAGCCGCAUCAGUGCGUACUUCAAGUUUCUCCGCUGGCUGCUGGUGCUCAACCUGACGCUGCUGCUGCUGGUCGGCUCGUUCGUCACCUUCCCGCAGCUACUGGCCGGGCCAACCGACACCCGGCAGCCGCCACUGCUGAACGCCAGGGACCACUUCCACCUGGCCGAUCUGUUUACGGGCGAGGGCUACUUCACGAACUCGGUGCUGUACUACGGUUCGUACAGCAACCAUUCGUUCAGCCUGGUACCCGGCACGGCCGAGUACAGUUUGCCGCACGCCUACUUCUUGACCAUCACGCUGCUAACGCUGGCCACGUUCGUGGUCGUCUCGAUCAGCAUGGGCCGCUCGUACCGCAUCAGCUUCAUCGAGGCGAGCGCCACCGUCCAGAACAUCCUCACGCACAAGGUGUUCUGCGGGUGGGACUACGGGAUCGCGAACGCGAAAGCGGCACGGCUCAAGCACGCCACCAUCCGGCAGGAGUUACGCGAGCACCUGGCCCAACGAGCCCGUUCGCCGACCGUGGCCGGUCGCUGGCAGCACGUGCGCAGCACAGCGAUACACGCGCUCGCCCACGCAACCGUCCUGGUGCUCAUUGCUGGUGUGGCCGCCUGCCUCUGGGCGCUGCUGGUGACCUGCGGUGAAACGCCCCACUUUGCGGCCUGGUCCGCGCUGUACGUAUCGCUCGUCGCCAACGUCACGAUGGUGGCCGGACGGUACGGGUUCCGGGUGCUCGGUCGCCUCGAGCAGUACCGCCAGCUCGCGACACAGCUCAACAUCCAGCUGCUGCGCACGUUUCUGCUGCAGCUCACGAUCAUCGGCGUGCUGGUGGUGUACUGGUUGGCGCGCACGCACGCCGCAACCGGCUGCUGGGAGACGGCCGUCGGCCAAGAGCUGUACCGGCUGGUCGUGGUGGACUUUCUGCUCUCGACCGUGCUGCUGCCGGUGGCGCGCAUCGCGCGGUACGCGUUGCAUCGCCGCUACGGCGCGGCUCUGGGACCGCCCCCGUUCUGCCUCGAGUCGCAUAGCUUGGGCCUGAUCUACAACCAGACGCUGCUCUGGUUCGGACUGCUCUUCGCCCCGAUGCUCGUGCCCGUCGUCGCCGUCAAGUUUCUGCUCGUGUUCUACGUUAACAAGUUCGAGCUGAUUUACCUCUGCCAGCCACCGACGAAGCUGUGGCGCUCGAGUCAAACGCAAACCAUCUUCCUGGUGCUGGUGUUCGUGUCGCUGUUCGCGGUGCUGCUCACGCACGGGUACAUCAUCACGCAGGUGCCCGUCAGCGAAACGUGCGGUCCGUUCCGUGGAACGCAGUACAUGUACCAGCUGUUCAUGCAGGGCAUCCUGAAGCUGCGCGAGGAACACCUGUUCUGGCGCGCUUUCGUGUACGUCACCAAGCCCGCCAUCAUCGGCGGUGUGCUGCUUGCGAUGAGCGUGGUCGCGUACUACCUGCGCGCUAAAUCGCGUGCCCAAAUCGCCAAGGUCAAGCUGCUCAAGGAGCUGUUGUGCAUGGAGGCGAAGGAUAAAGAGUUUUUGCUGGCAAACCUCAGCAGGAUCGCGCGCGGCAAGGAGUGCGCCGGUGAAACCGAGCGGUCCGACGGGUGUCGGCGUACGGUGGGAGAAAUGGACGAGUAUGAGACCGAUCCAAGCGGCACCUGGUGCUACGAACCCGAGCCGGCCCCCUUGCCUAUCGCCGGUCCGAGAGCGAGGAACGCACCGAGAAGCUGCGCAUGAGAAACCAGCCAGGAGACCGACAAUGAGCGACAGUGAGCCCGUGAGCCCCAUUUAGCCAUGUCCCACAUUAUUACUCCAACCAUUUACUCAACAAAGUUCAACGAUAACUUAUAAUAACCAGUAUAGCAAAUGAGGCCACAUCGACGGCCACAUACUCUCGAUACCCACCCGCCGGGGAUCCAGAGCCUAGUGGGUUGCGAAGAUUAGUGCCUUCUUUGUCGCAUCUUCAAACGCACCCAACACACAGAGCUUUGAUAUGACCGGUUAUCGUCAUGCACGAAUGAAACCCAAACUGCACAGUGAGGCAAACAAUGUGCCUACGUCAGUAACAAAGUUUUAUAAAAAUCGGAUGAACUCUGUCACUUUUAUGUAACUUCGUUGACUGGUCCGCAUUUGGUACCGCGCAAUUCACAAUUGACGUUGACCGUAAAACGAGCUGUUCCCGUAGGCUUUUAACUGAAUGUUUAACGAUGGUAACAGUGUGUAGCACAUUUAACGAAAAUUCAAUCUAAACCGUGUGUAUGAUUUAAUACACUGAAAUUGUUAUGAACCAACAACUACUGACCUGGCCGCAAGCAUACGAAAAAGUCAGAAGUCAAAGCGUUUCGAAUCAUUACCUAGUCUCUAUCUUCUCUAGUCUUGUUGUUAUCAGUUUUGUUUUUGUCUCACUAUUAUGUUAUUUAUGUUUACUGUUGUGUACUGUUUUCUAAAUAUACCGGCUGGUCGUUAAUUGUACAAUGUAACAAAAAAAAAUUUCGAAGGUAGUGUGCAAAGUUUCCCUGCUUUAAAAGACGGAGUCGGGCGUUUUAUGUACUUAACUCAACAAAUUCGACAAUCCUCGUUGUGCUAAAUUCAUUGUUUUAUUUUAAUUCACCAAGCCGUAGAAAUUUUAGCGAUGCUCACAGUAUUCGGUCCACGGCCAGGGGUAGACCCAGCGGGACUGCAAUCGCUCAACGCUUUCAAAACAAUCUUCCUAACUUCCUUCAUAUUAUUCUUCGUUCGAGGCUAGCAAAUAUUAGCAUCGUUAUUAGCUCAUAGAGUGUAUCACAAGUAAUGUAAAACUGGCAAACGUCAACCGAUUUUUAUAAAGCUUAGCUGCUGGGCAGACGCGACGAAAUUGGAGCGGUUACUGAAAUAUGAGCUCUUUGGUACCGGUGCAAUUUUUUGUGGAUCGGCUACGGCAGAAGCGAUGCUGUGGCGAUUUGUGAGUUAUGUUAUGUUCCAAUAUAAACAUUAUGCUUAUCU